UCUCUCUCUGUGUUCCCACCCAAAAACACGCUCAUUCCACAUUCUCACCAAUUCUCUCUCUCUCUCUCUCUCGAUCUGCACCUUCGAUCCCGUUCCUCUGCACCCCGCGCUUCAUCCGACUCUGCAUCUCCGUAAGCCACAAUCUCCUCCGCCAUUGCCAAUUUUCCACCCAAAUCAACCUUCUAACCGUUCGAUCCGUCCGCGAUCCACAAAAUUCUCUUCGUUUCAAUUGUGAUCUCGUUUGCUUUUCUCUUGCAGGAGCCGCAAUGACGGAGGAGAAUGAGGUCGUGAACGCGCGCGGCGGAGAAAUCUCCGACAACGCCAUGAUCAAAUCUGACCACUGCAAUGGCGUUGUCAAUGGCAAUGUUGACGGUGCCAGUGCCGGCGAGUCUGUCGCCGUUGCGUCGGAUCCGGUCGAUGGCAAUGGUUUGGUGACGGAGGAGCACGUGGUGGAAGGUGAAUCUGUUGUGACGGUUACGGUGGGGGAACGUGUAAGCGAGGUGGUUAAUGCUAAUGCUAAUGCUAAUAAUAGCAAAGUGCUGUCAAACGGUUCAGCAGAGGGAACCGGCGAAACGACAACGCUUGAUGUCGUUGCGGGGGAGAGCGAGUCAGGAAGUGCGGAUCAUGGUCAAAACGGUUCGGGAUCUCACGUCGGUGACGAAUCCAAAAGCGUGUUGGAUAGGGAACCUGUUGUUCAAAACGGCGUCGUUGCGGACAAUGAGAUUCGCGGCGAUGUUGUUGCUGUUGCGGAGGAGGGAGAUGCUGAUGUGAGUAAGAGCGAUCGCGAUGAAGGUGUAGUGGUGGCUGUUCAGAACGGUGUCGUUCAGGAGAUCGAGGUUUCUGUUACCGAAUCUGACUCUGAUAAAACCCUGCAAAGCGAGAUUAUGGUUGCUGCUGGUGCAGAAGAAGUUCAAAACGGUUUGGCAGAUUCAGAACCGAUCGAAUGCGGCGCGGAGGACAAUGAGAUUCCUGUUGGUGGCGUUGAUGGGGUAGUAUCCUCUACUACCACCGUCAAGGAAUCUGCCGGCGAAGAUGCGCAAAAGGGUUUAGAGAAGGAAAGGGUUGAGUCUGUCUCUGCUGAGGAGAAUAAGAUUCCUGUUGAAGGCGAAUUGGAGAGGUCUGGGGUGGAAUCAGCAGGUCAUGAAGUAGUUCAUGAAUUGGAGAGUGAAGGUAAGCCUUCUGUUGAUUUGGAUGAGAUGAAAAACAAUGCAGUGGAGAAUGAGGCAGAGCCUUCAAUCAAUGCAGUGAAGAGUGAAGCUGAGCCUUCUAUUGAUACCUCUGAGACGAAGAACAAUUCUGUGGAGAAUGGCGUUGAACCUCCAAACAAUGCAGUGGAGAGUGAAGCUGAGCCUUCAAUCAAGGCAGUGGAGGGUGAAGCUGAACCUUCUACUGAUGCAGGGGAGAAUGAAGCUGAACCUUCAAAUUAUGCCGCGGGGAGUGAAGCUGAACCUUCAAACAAGGCACUGGAGGGUGAUGCUGAACCUUCUAAUGAUGCAGUGGUGAAUGGUGUUGAACCUUCAAACAAUCCAGUGGAGGUUGAAGCUGAACCUUCAAGCAAGGCAGAUGAGGUUGAAGCUGAACCUUCUAAUGAUGCAGUGAAGAAUGGCGUUGUACCUUCUAACAAUGUAGUGGAGGGUGAAGUUGAACCUUCAAACAAGGCAGUGGUGGGUGAAGCCGGACCUUGUAAUGAUGCAGUGGAGAAUGGUGUUGAACCUUCAAACAGUGCAGUGGAGAGCCAAGCUGAACCUUCAAACAAUUCAGUAGAGGGUGAAGCUGAACCUUCAAACAAUGCAGUGCAGGGUGAAGCUGAACCUUCUAAUGAUGCACCAGAGGAGAUUGAAGCUGAACCUUCAAAGAGUGCAGGGGAGAAUGAAGCUGACCCUUCUAAUGAUGCCGUGAAGGGUGAAGCUGAACUUUCAAACGAUCUAGUGCGGAACGAAGUUGAACCAUCAAGCAAUACAGUGGAGAAGGAAGGUGAACCUUCAAAAAAUACUGCAGAGUUUGAAGCUGGACUUUCAAACAAUGUAGUGCAGAGUGAGGCUGAGCCUUCUGUUGAUGUGCCUGAUAUAGAAGCCAAAGCAGGGGAGAGUGAGGCUGAACCACCGGUUGAAGGUGAAGCAAGCAAUCUUGCAGUUGAAGGCACAAGACCUGUCCAAGAAGGUUCUAACACUGAUACUUUGGAUGGGCUGAAUAUGGGUACUGAGGUAGUGAGAAAGCCAUUCUACUAUUUGAUCAGGCUUCCGAGAUAUGACGAUGACGAGAACAUAAAAGAGCAGAUAAAAAAUGCUCUUGACCAAGUGGAUGAGAAGACUAAAAUUCGAGAUGUAGCUCGAGCUGAAACCCAGACUAAAAAGGCCAUUUGCAAGGAGUAUAAUCAAGAAGUUAGAGAUGCAAUAUCAGCAGAGAGAGCUGCUCGGGACUUGCUGAAAUCCAAACGCCAGGAAAUGGAUUCAGUUCAAUCUAUAAUAAAUAGAUUGAACAAUGCAAUUUCUGUUGGAGAUAUAGAUAGCAAGAUAAGAAACAUGGAACACAUGAUCCAGCAUGAAACGCUGCCUUUAAAGGAAGAAAAGCAAUUAAUCCGCCAAAUCAAACAAUUGAAGCAGAAUCGUGAGGAGCUGUCUGCUAAUCUGGCAAAGCAGGAUCAAUCACAUCAGCUAGACGACAAAAACAGUAUUGAAGAACACUUUAAGCAAUCACAGCUUUUGAAGAAGGAAAUGGAAUUGCUGAGAACUAAUGUUCUGAAGGCUGAAGCAGCAACUAAAGCUGCAAGGAAGAAAUAUGAUGAAGAAAGUAAUAAACUGAGUGAGUUGCUAGCUCAGUUUAAGGCUGCUGAUGAUGUUCGUCAAGAGGCUUAUACUAAAUUACAUGCUUUGAGAAAACAAUUGCAUGGCAAGAGCAAAUAUUUUUGGGAAUACAAAGAUGCUGUCACGAAAGGGCACGAACUAGCAGUAGAAGGGAAGAAAGAGGAACUGCAAAGCUUCUGUAUUGAUCAGGUUGAGAGAAUAAUGGAGCUGUGGAAUAAAAAUGAUGAGUUUAGAAGGGACUACCUCCGGUGCAACACCAGGAGUACUCUGAGGAGACUGCAAACCCCAGAUGGCCGGUCACUUGGUCCUGAUGAAGUGCCACAUGUAAUUCCUAGUACCUUCACUGAAAGAGCUAUCAAAAGUGAUUCUUUGGUGUCGCAGUCAACUCCGCAACAAGAAAAGAAACCAACACCAGCAGAAUCUGUUAAAUCAAAGGAUGAACCUGUUUUGAAGGCUGCGGUACAAAGAACUGAACCAAGUCAAACAGCUAAAGCUAAAAAGCCUGCAAAACCUGCUCCCUCAGUAGUUGCUGCUCCACGUUGGGGGGAUGAGUCUGAUGAAGAUACGAUAGAAAAACCUGUGAGAACAAAGGAGGAAGAGGAGCAAAUCUUAAAGGCUGAAAUGGCAAGGAAGGAGGAGGAAGCUGCAAAGUUGAAGGAAAUGCGGAGGCUGGAAGAGAUUGAGAAAGCCAAGGAGGCACUGCAGAGGAAAAAGCGUAAUGCUGAGAAGGCCCAACAAAGAGCUGCCUUGAAGGCACAAAGGGAAGCUGAGCAGAAAGAGAAGGAAAGGGAAAAGAGAGCAAAGAAGAAGGAAAAAAGAAAGGCAGCUUCUUCUACUGAUGCUCCUGCGGCCAACACAGAACAAGAACCUGCUCCUAGCUCAGAAACUCUAUCAAGAACUUCAGAAGAAUGUGAUCAGAUAGAGAAACCAGUGGAGGUAACCAAAAGGUCACUGAAACCAUCUCAAUUCACAAAGCAGACCAAGGUAAAACCUUUACCCAUGGCGAUUCGCAACCGGGGGAAAAGACGACUUCAACCAUGGAUGUGGGUUGUGAUUGCUGUUCUUGCUGUUGUGGCCUUGUUUUUUGUGGGGAAUAGCAACUCUUUGAGAUCUUCACUACAAAGCUUUGGUUUCUAAAGACACUCCAGAGUAAGAUUGCUUUGAUACUAAGCAAUCAUUAGGUGUUUGCCAGGGGAGGGGGGGUGUUACCCUUACAUAUUUAUUACAUACAUACGUAUAGAAGCAAUUCUUUCGUGGAGUUGAAAUUUUUUCCUGCUAGUUUUUGGUCUAUAGCCAAUAUUUUCUUCAAACCAAUAUUUGUUACUUUCCGAUGGUGAUGUGGCUUUGACUGCUGAAAUGCUUCUGCUUCCAGUUAUGGUAAUAAAUUUAUUGUGAUUGUGCCUGCCUUAUUA